AUGAAGACUGUCCCCAGCCUCAUCGCCUCCAGCACCAUUGGUGUCGCGGCGGCUGGAUUGAGUUUGGGAAAAUUGGAAUCUUCUGCUAAUCCGACAAAAGGAAGAAACGUCAAGGGAAAGCCCGAGGUCAGCCACGCUCACCGCGACCGAUCAAGCCUACCGCCACGAUCCGACUCAAGCUUGGAUUGCUCGACUUGUAACCAUAAGGCGCCACGCUGCUCACUAGAAAUUCCUUCAAUCCUGCCCUCACGGUCACACCGCCGCCCGCCACUGACACAUGUGCACAUACCCAAGUCAAUUCUUCGAGAAAGGUCUACAUCAUUUCGGCACAUGGGCUCAAAGUCACCAUCCCUUGAGUUAUCUGAGGAGGAGAGGAAGAGAAGCUCAUUCAAUCCAAGGAGAUCUUGGAUUAGACGCCUUACCGUCAUUCCCGUUUCACUCAGUCAACCUUCACGAGAAAGUGUAGCCCUUGACUCGCCCUUGAAAUCUUCUCUGCCAGGAACCGGGACCUCCAUUACGGCGAGUGAAAGAAGCCAACUGUCGCAAUCAACCCGCAAUAAACUAGUGAAGCGGAGUCCGUCAAGAAAUGGUAUCAAUGCAGCCGAAGAUUCCGGACGAACAAAUUCUAGAGUUUCAUCAACACGCCGACCGGCUACUAGUCAUCAGAGAUCUCUUCUCUGGCAGAAAAGAUCUAGUGAAGACUCAGAGUACUGUAAAGAAACGCCCCUCAAUUCUCCCCACCGAAGUGAUAAAAAUUCUACCUCACCAAAAAAAGCUAGCUUCCCAGACCUGCGCGGUUUGUGGCGAUUUUACUUUGAAUCUCGACCAACCCUCAACGAGCGAACAACAAAAAGAUCCAAUGAUUAUCAUGAGAGCCUCCCAUCAUCCCCCACAACAAGAAGAGUAGUGCUAGACGGGGGCCUUACAGCGACUCUUAUCAAGCCUCAGAUGAUCGAUCAAACUCGAAGUGGUAUUCUGGCACGUGCUGAGGAAAACGGCGAUGAGAAGACGCGUGAAAUUCCAAGCGAUGAGAUGAUGAUUCGAUCGGGGUUGCGUAGACCCACAACCAAAUCGAGACACGCUAAAGUGAGCCAUCGCCCAUACCGUUCUCUAUCCAUGCAAUUUACUUCACCUACCAAGUGGCUACCACGAGCCCAGAGCCUGCAGGUUAUGAAAAACAGGACCGAUAAUGUAUCCGAGAAUCGCAAUUCCUCGUCACUCCCAUCGGAUUUGCCCUGUCGUAAGGAUAUGUCUGGUAACAGCGGCUAUUUCAAGCGCCGUACAGCUCUUAACUCUCUGAUGUUCCAGCAAGAAUUUGAGGCUACUGAGGAAAAAAAUUCACUCAAUGGUUCUGACGCAGAUCUCGUCGUAAACGAUAACCGCAAUAUUAUCUCACCGUUACCAUCCUUAUCGCGAACAUCCAGCUUUAAUAUAGACUUACUAAGAAUUGGACAUCUAAAUUCAACCACAAACUUAGGAAACAAAAUAGCUUUUGCGAGCUCUGACUGCUCGACGCGUCUGCUCGACCUGGCAGCUCCUGCAUCGAAUCCGCCAAACACUUACGAUUCUUCUCUCAUUUCAUCUUGCUUCCUGAACCAUACUUCGAAAAGCUUAUCUAACCUGGAAGUGACGGACUGUGCAUCUACACUGAUAGGAUCCGAUUCUGAUCACAAGGGUUACUCAAUAAGUCAUUAUGACGAGACAGAUUUCCAUAGUGACACCGUCUUUGACUCGCUAAGGUCCGGAGCAACGGGUAGCACACGUUCAUGUAAUCCCCCUCUUGAAUAUAUGUUUGAUCAAGUGUCUUCAGCUAGUCACGGAGGUUGGAGAAAAGAAAGAUUGUCCUUACAUGAGGACACGCUCCAAGCGGCACGUCAGGACGAAAUCAAAAAGUUUGCAAAGGUAAAAGAGGGUAUACCUAUAGCCCACGAAAGCAAUCCAUGCUUACUUACAUCGAAUUUCACGACCACAGUCUUAACUCAUGCUAUCACCAACUCAAGAAAAUUUACGCCCCCUUCACCCCAAAAUUUCACCCACAAUAUGGCGAUUUCUCGAACUCCUAAUGAUCCUAAUUAUGAUGAUGAUGAUGACAAUGAUAGUGACGACCAUGAGCACAACGAAAAUGAAGUCGAACAAUAUUGGGCCGCAAAUGUAGAGCCUCACGAGCAUCCAAAAUUUCCGCCUAAACCUGGCUCCCUUGAUGCUAGAAAAGUCAGUCCAGGUAUACGAGCUUUACUUGCAGAUGUUUCUCAACGUCGAGCCGAGUCGCGCCUUGCCCGAUUCGAGAAACCCAUGCCUAAUAUUCUCGACUGGUCAGAUCCUCCAUGUUCCGAUCGAAAUGGCCCCCAAGCAAACCCACCAAAACUACGGACGGUCCACGUAAGACAAAAGUUGGAAAGUCGGGGCGGUAGAACACUUGGGCGUAGAGGCCCAAGUAUGUCACACAUACGAAGCCAGAGCGUUCCGCUCGUACCCGAUUUCGAUUACACCAAGUCAACGUCUAAAUUCGGAACAUGGGGUCUUGGCCCUAAAGCGAUUAGCGAAGAUUGGGACGGAGAUUUUGAAUUCGACAACACGGACUGCGUGAAACUAAGCUGCAGUGAAACCACCACCGGUCCAGGCCAAAUGGUAGUCCCGGAGGCCAUACGGGCUUGUCAAGAAAACAUAGUCGGGCAUGUUGGUCAGAUACGAGAGGUUUGCUUGCAGGUAGAGGAAAUGAAGAGGCUACGAGGCAUUGCAAAAUAUCGAGGGUUGCUUCAAGGUGAAUUCGCCUCUCUCUGGCUGCAAGCUGAAGGCAUUAUUGCGCUCGCGGCACCAGUAGACGAAGAAGAGGAGGAAAAAACCGAUGGUGACCUUGGAGAAGAAACACAGUCAACCCUACUCCCUACCCAACACUAUAAGCCUAACCACAGAAAGACGGAAGAUGAUAAACAUCAAAAAUCGCCGUGUAGCAAUGCAUCUACUCACAAAAGCUUAGACCAGUCAAAUGGUUCCACUAGCAUGAUCAAGACCUCAAGCUCCACAGAAGUUGCUCGCAAAGUAAUGGAAACCAUACACCAACAGAGAUCAGCUCUCGACCCCCUAUUGCCAAAAUUCACGGAAGAUUCUGGCAGUAAAAUGCCCUUUGACACGACUAGUCUGAAAGAUCUUGUUGGUCGCGCCAUCACCCUGAACCGCAUAUUAAGAGAUGUUAUUCGCGCGACCGAUGGAUCAUCCGAAAAUAUUGGAUCGAGUCGACGAGACUCAAGUCCUGCUUUUACGAGGGUUUUUACUGAACCAGCAGAUACUCCAAAACGCAUAUCUCGAAAUACAAGCAACAAUUCAAUAAUUAGCGCCUCUGUAGAUAAAUCACCUACACAAGCACUAUCUCAGCGUAUGAAUAUGAUGACCGUAGUUUGA